AUGAAGCAGGAAGACUUCGUGAAGCUCGCUGGUCGCUAUGCAAAGAAUCUCAGCGGCCAGGAAGCGGAGGAGUGGGACGUCUUUCUGUCCAAGCUAACCUCCUGCGAGGAGUUCAGCGACUUUCUGGAAACGAUGAAAGCUGUGGCUUCUGGGAAGACCACUCUGGCCCAAACGGAGUGCAGCUUCGUCGAGGAAGAUCCGAGCUCCUCGUCGAGGAGAGUUCCCCAAGGUGUCGUGGCCUUCAGCCGCCAUCUCUCCUCCAGCUCACGGAGGAGAGACCUGGAGGCGUUCACUGAGGAGAACUGGUGCACCUUUCACGUCAGAUUUCAAGAGCAUCGGCACGAGUGGUACUCGCUGCACCAAAGGUUUGUGCGGCUGUUCGAGCUCGCAGCCGAGGAGGCCUUGCUUGCUGCAGGCCUGGAGAUCGGCCAGUUGGCCGAGUUUUUGGUGCACCAGCUGCCCCUGAUGGGCCAGCCUCCGGCCUUGCAGGACUUUUUGUUUCUGCUUUCACCGGCGGAAGAUUACGUGGACUUCGUUGAAAUGAUGAAGGCUCGCGCCGCCGAGUUUGCAUCUCCAGGUGCUGCGCGAGGCGCCAAAGAGCCACAACCGGCGGUGCCGCAGGCACCAUCAGCGGUGCUGCCGCCUCCACCACCUCCACCGCCACCGCGGUCACCGCCGUGCUCGCCCCCAAUCUCGCCGCCGGACUCUCGCGAAGCUCCGAGCCCAGGAGACCACGGGCUAUCUGAUGCUGACCUGGCCCACACAUCUGUGAUCCGGGAGUCCUUCAGGGCCUUCCUGGAUGCGAGCGACGCGCCCGAGUCUCUGCAGCACUUCCAGGCAGUGCUGUCGCUUCUCGGCGAAGAGAGGCCGGCAAGCUACCAGAGCCUCUCCGCGGCUUUGGGGGCCCACUUGUCCCGGCCACUACGGGGGCUGCUCGACUGCAUCGACAGGCGACUGUCGGAGCAGGGGGUGGCGCUCAAGCAUGGCCGAUACACCGUGAAGCCUUUGCAGAACGUCCGUUGCGUCAUUUGCGGGGCAGGCCCUGUUGGUCUUCGAUCGGCCUUAGAGCUCAAGGCUUUGGGCGCCCAGGUGUCAGUCUUCGAAAAGCGUCGGAACUUUGACCGCCUCAACCGCCUGAAGCUCUGGGAGUGGGUGAAACAUGACCUUAUCGGUUGGGGUGCACGGCAGCUGAUGCCGAGGUGGGCACAGGGGGAAGGGCACAUACUUGCAGAU